AAUGAGCUUGCAUUUUCGACGUCAGCUGUCAUAAGCAUCGCAUCGCCUUGUUCGUUCGAUUUUAAUAAAACUAGCUUAUUAUUUAAUUUUUAAAAGAAUCCGAGGUUUUGCGUAAAAUUUAUACCAUUACAGCCUUUAUUGUCUAAUAAAUAUAAAGAAACUUUAUUAUGGAUCGUCUUUUGCGUCUUGGUGGUGGAAUGACGGGGCUAUCACAAGCUCCUCCGCCUACAGAUGCCCCCGUUGUUGAUACCGCCGAGCAAGUAUACAUAUCGUCGCUGGCUCUUCUCAAAAUGUUAAAACACGGCAGGGCAGGUGUUCCCAUGGAAGUCAUGGGACUUAUGCUGGGUGAAUUUGUAGAUGACUACACAGUCCGUGUAAUAGAUGUGUUUGCUAUGCCCCAAACGGGUACUGGUGUGUCUGUAGAGGCCGUUGACCCUGUCUUCCAGGCUAAGAUGUUGGACAUGCUGAAGCAGACUGGACGUCCCGAGAUGGUAGUGGGCUGGUACCACUCACAUCCUGGAUUUGGUUGCUGGCUUUCUGGUGUGGAUAUAAAUACUCAGCAGUCUUUUGAAGCCUUGUCGGAGAGAGCUGUGGCUGUUGUUGUGGAUCCCAUCCAGUCUGUUAAAGGGAAAGUAGUCAUUGAUGCAUUCCGUUUAAUAAACCCCAACAUGAUGGUCCUGGGUCAGGAGCCUAGACAAACAACUUCAAACUUGGGACACCUACAAAAACCAUCCGUACAAGCCUUGAUUCAUGGCCUCAAUCGCCAUUAUUAUUCUAUCAGCAUUAAUUACAGGAAGAAUGAGUUGGAGCAGAAAAUGCUCUUGAAUCUUCACAAAAAGUCAUGGAUGGAUGGACUUACGUUAUCAGACUAUAAAGAACACUGCUCCAUUAAUGAGACUACAGUGACUGACAUGCUAGAAUUAGCCAAGAAUUACAACAAAGCCUUAGAAGAUGAAGAGAAAAUGACACCAGAGCAGUUAGCCAUUAAGAAUGUCGGUAAACAGGAUCCCAAGAGGCAUUUGGAGGAGAAAGUUGAUGUACUGAUGUCAAACAACAUAGUUCAAAGUCUAGGAGCGAUGCUUGAUACUAUGGUGUUUAAAUGAUUUAUAACUGAGAUGUGUAUUGUAUAACCUAAAGUGUUAAGAAAAUAAUCAACUCUCUGUUCUUGCAUUACUUUUCAUCUCAUUGUACGAUACUUAUUAUAAUUUACUUAAUUGUAUCUAUUGCGAAAUAAAAGUGAUACAGAUUUUUUAAA